CUUCCGGGACAGAGGUCGUCCCGCCCCUUCCCUUGUCGCCUCCAAGAUGGCGAGUGGCGGCGGCGGGGGAGUUUCGGUGCCUGCGCUCUGGAGUGAAGUAAACCGUUAUGGCCAGAACGGUGACUUCACGCGCGCUCUUAAGACCGUCAACAAGAUACUGCAGAUCAACAAGGAUGACGUAACUGCCCUACACUGUAAAGUGGUAUGCCUUAUCCAAAAUGGAAGUUUCAAGGAAGCCUUGAAUGUCAUCAAUACUCACACUAAAGUAUUAGCCAAUAACUCUCUUUCCUUUGAGAAGGCAUAUUGUGAGUAUAGGCUGAACAGGAUUGAGAAUGCCUUGAAGACAAUAGAAAGUGCCAAUCAGCAGACAGACAAAUUAAAGGAACUUUAUGGACAAGUGUUAUACCGGUUAGAACGCUAUGAUGAAUGCUUAGCGGUGUAUAGAGAUCUUGUCCGAAACUCCCAAGAUGAUUAUGAUGAAGAGAGAAAAACAAACCUUUCAGCAGUUGUUGCAGCUCAAAGCAAUUGGGAAAAAGUGGUUCCAGAGAACUUGGGCCUCCAAGAAGGGACACACGAACUAUGCUACAAUGCUGCAUGUGCUCUGAUAGGACAAGGCCAGCUGAGCCAAGCAAUGAAGAUCCUACAAAAAGCUGAAGAUCUUUGCCGCCGUUCAUUAUCAGAAGAUUCUGAUGGGACUGAGGAAGACCCACAGGCAGAACUGGCCAUCAUUCAUGGGCAGAUGGCCUAUAUUCUGCAGCUUCAGGGUCGUACAGAGGAGGCAUUGCAACUUUACAAUCAAAUAAUAAAACUAAAGCCAACAGAUGUGGGAUUGCUAGCUGUGAUUGCAAACAACAUCAUUACUAUUAACAAGGACCAAAAUGUCUUUGACUCCAAGAAGAAGGUGAAAUUAACCAAUGCAGAAGGAGUAGAGUUUAAGCUUUCUAAGAAACAGCUGCAAGCUAUAGAAUUUAACAAAGCUUUACUUGCUAUGUACACAAACCAGGCAGAACAGUGCCGCAAAAUAUCUGCCAGUUUACAGUCCCAAAGUCCUGAGCAUCUCCUGCCUAUAUUAAUCCAAGCUGCCCAGCUCUGCCGUGAAAAGCAGCACACAAAAGCAAUAGAACUGCUUCAGGAGUUUUCAGAUCAGCAUCCAGAAAAUGCAGCUGAAAUUAAGCUGACCAUGGCACAGCUGAAGAUUUCCCAAGGUAAUAUAUCCAAAGCAUGUCUGAUAUUGAGAAGCAUAGAAGAGUUAAAGCAUAAACCAGGCAUGGUAUCUGCAUUAGUGACUAUGUACAGCCAUGAAGAGGAUAUUGAUAGUGCCAUUGAGGUCUUCACGCAAGCCAUCCAGUGGUAUCAAAACCAUCAGCCCAAAUCUUCUGCUCAUUUAUCCUUGAUAAGAGAAGCUGCAAACUUCAAACUCAAAUAUGGGCGGAAGAAAGAGGCAAUUAGUGACCUAGAACAGCUAUGGAAACAAAAUCCAAAAGAUAUUCACACCCUGGCGCAGCUUAUUUCUGCUUACUCACUUGUAGAUCCUGAGAAGGCAAAAGCCCUUAGUAAACACCUGCCCUCGUCAGACAGUAUGUCUCUAAAAGUAGAUGUCGAGGCUCUUGAAAAUUCUCCUGGUGCUACUUACAUUCGGAAAAAGGGUGGAAAAGUCGCUGGAGAUAGUCAGCCAAAGGAGCAAGGACAGGGAGAUUUGAAAAAGAAGAAAAAGAAAAAGAAGGGAAAACUGCCUAAGAAUUAUGACCCAAAGGUGACCCCAGAUCCAGAAAGAUGGCUACCAAUGCGAGAACGUUCUUACUACCGGGGGAGAAAGAAGGGUAAAAAGAAGGAUCAGAUUGGAAAAGGGACCCAGGGAGCAACUGCAGGAGCUUCAUCUGAACUGGAUGCCAGUAAAACUGUGAGCAGCCCACCAACCUCCCCAAGACCCGGCAGCGCAGCAACAGCAUCUGCAUCUACAAGUAAUAUCAUACCCCCAAGACACCAGAAACCUGCAGGGGCUCCAGCAACAAAAAAGAAACAGCAGCAGAAAAAGAAGAAAGGAGGAAAAGGUGGCUGGUGAUUAGAACAUUCUUGUUUGCAGGGUAUUUUUAGUCUCACUGACACUAAGAACAUAAUAAAGGUAACACAGCAAGAAGCACAGAGCUACUCCCUUUCCCAUCCCCACAUUUUCAUGAAAUGAUUUUCUUGUGUGUUGUCACACAGGAAAAUAUCUUCCUCAACCUCUGCCUAGUCAGAUUUGGCCUGCUUGUACCACCUAGCUUUGCACAGAUGAUAAGGACUCAAAAUAAUGGGGCAUUUUCCCACCUUGAUCUCUGUUGCAUUCUUUCUCUUUGUGUGCUGUGAUCUGGUGUUUUUUCAAAGUUUCACAAACAAGGCAUGUUACCCAAAGUUUCCUAGGAUUUAAACAGAACCUACUUCUCUUUAAACUCGAGUCCGAAGAUAACUUGUUCCUAGCAAAUCCCACUUUAAAUUAUGUCUUAGGAGGCCUUAGGAGACUGAAAGUGGAAUCUUCUGAGCGUUCCAAAUAUCUGCUUAGAAAUAUCAUGUGAUAAAAGGGACCUUAUUAAUACACUGGUGUUCUUCACUUCGUUACAUGAAUGACCACAGGAAAACUAAAGUAAAUGUCAUGAUCAAUUUUAACUAUAAAUUCUCUGUCGUGUGAUCCUGGAGUAUGGGAUACUAUAUAUAUGUAGUAACGAAAUGUGUGUGUAUGUACAUAUACACACACAUAUAUAUGUAAAUUAGGACUCCUUUGCACCCUGUAUUGUUUUCAGAUUAUGAUGACAUUAUGCUGAUUUAGCACUAUUAACUCAAGGAAAAUGUAUCAAUGUUGUAAGAAGUUGACUCUUAGACCCAGUGUUCUGAAGUCAGAUGGGUUUGGAGUGUCUCAGUCAGAAAGAUUUAAUGGCCCUGUCAAGAACGUGAACAUUGACUUCUGAGGUAGAGAGGAAAUCCUUCAGAGUUCAGUAGUGGGCAGUAUUAGAACUUAACUGUUUGGCCCAGUUAAUAGAUACUAAAAUGACUCACCUUUGUCAUUUGGGGUACAACUAUUCAUUACCCUUCUCAAAGUAAUGAAGUAUUGUACAGUCUGGUAUCAGUGUUGCUCUGGUCUUCCUUGCUUGCAAGCCACUUUCCCAUUGAACAGCUGUGAGACAGGCACACUGGGAUGCCACCUUUGUUAGUAUUCAUUUUGUGCUGCCCAAGAUAGCAUUGAAUUUAGACUUUGAGUAUUUCCUUGUGAUCAUAUUACUUUGUCCUUUUUAAUAAAGUGCUGCUGUGUUUGACUCUGAACAUAUCUAUUGAAACUUCUUCAAAGGUAUUUUUUAAAAGGCUUUCCUCCUUUACAAGAGUAAGAAAUGUGGUGCUGCCUAAUCAGAAUCUGCAGUAACACCUAAACAAGAGACGAUCCUCUUAUAUAUGAAUGACUUAUUAUGACAUAAUACUUUUUGAGCUUAGAGAAUAAUCUUUUGAUAAGAGUAUUGUACUUAUUCCUUCUGAAUAUAUACCCCAUUACAGAAAUAAUUGUUCGUAAAUUUGUUAUUUAGGAUUCCAUUAAAUUUCUGUGGUGAAGGAUAAUCAUAUUUAGGUUAACUGAGAAUUUUGGUGAAAGUUAUCCAUCGUUGAAAAUUUUGACCCAAGGCACCAAGAGUGAAAGUUACAUUUCUCUAUUUAGUCAUUGUAAUUACUAGCCAUUGUUAUUACCAGUCAUUACUAAGCAACUGAAACCUCAAUUUAAAUAAGUUAUAAUUGUCAAUUGAAGUAUAAGCAUCUACAUUAAUUUUCUAGUAAUUAUUUCUUCUUUUGGACAGGUCUUUAAUCAAGGACAUAUACUUUGUGUGUACAUUUAUAAAAGCCAAUAUGGAUACAUCCAUUCACUGUGGUACAUUUUAAAAUAAAAUAUUCUAGCAGUGAGUAUGGA